AUGCAAACGAUACUCGUUGUUGGAACAGGCUUCGCCGGCAUGUGGGGCGCCCUGUCUGCGAUGCGACUCAUCGAGCAGAAUGGGGGAGGCGAGGCGAGUGGGAUUAAAGUGAUUGUCGUAUCUCUCGAGCCGACUUUGGUCAUCCGUCCACGGUUGUAUGAAUCGGAUGCCGACAAGAUGUGUGUCUCGCUCGAGGAACUUUUCCACAUGACGGGUAUCCAAUUUGUUCCAGGAUUGGUCGACACGAUUGAUACGGCACAGAAACGAGCGACAAUUGUCGACCUGGCGGGCAUUCGCUCUACCCGUGACUACGACCGGCUCGUCCUGGCUGCCGGAAGCCACCUGAAACGCCCCAACAUUCCCGGCAUUCACGAGUAUGCAUUCAGUAUCGACCAGCGCAACGAAGCUGCCAACCUUGACAAGCAUCUGCACCAUCUCGCAUUCGAACCUCCCCAUCCUGCGCGGAACACGGUUGUCAUUGUCGGCGGUGGUUUUACUGGAAUCGAGAUCGCCGCAGAGAUGCCGUCGCGACUCCGCUCCAUUCUCCGAUUAGAGGACGCGCGAGUUGUGAUCAUCGAACAAGCGGAUGUCAUCGGACCAGAACUGGGGCCUGGUCCGCGACCAGUCAUCCUCGAAGCGUUGGCGGGUCUGGGAGUGGAAUAUAAACUGGGCGCGGCGGUGGUAUCGGUGGACAAGACCGGGGUGGUGACCAGCCGUGGCGAGCGCAUAGAUUCGCUGACUGUCAUCUGGACCGGGGGCAUGGAAGCGAGCGCUCUGACACGACAAGUUCAUGGACAGAGAGACCGGAGCGGCCGUUUGCACGUCGAUUCCGACUUGCGCAUUCCCUCUAUUCGGGACAUCUUUGUGGCGGGCGAUGCAGCCAUGGCUAUUGCCGACGAUCAGGGCCAUCAUGCGUUAAUGUCCUGCCAGCAUGCCAUGCGUCUUGGUCGCUUUGCUGGGCACAAUGCAGCAGCCGACUUGCUUGCCCUUGCCCCAAAACCAUAUGCACAACCCGCGUAUGGAACCUGCUUGGAUUUAGGCCCUUGGGGCGCGGUGGUCACCGAGGGAUGGGACCGUCAAGUACGAUUGACUGGCUCUGCGGCAAAGGCUAUCAAGGAGAAUAUCAACCAGGUUGUGAUAUAUCCUCCAAAAGCAGACCGUGUCGAAGCAUUUGCUGCUGCGGACCCGGACAGUGCUGGUCCUACGCUUGCAUGA